GUCGCCGCCACCGCUAGGCGGAAGGUUCUUAGCAGUAGCAGUCGUCGUGGUGCACUGAGUGUUGGGGGCUGGGGGCUUGGCGAAGUUGGCGCGUCGACGCCGGCGCUGAGUUCGUACUGAUUGUCAGCCUGGCCUUAGCAAGACUCCGCCGAGGCGCCGCCGAGGCACACGGGCCACGCGGGGCGGCCCUCGCAGUACGCCGUCGACGUGCCGCAGUACAGCUUGGCCCGUUUCCGUACUUCCGCACCGCGUCGAGGACUCGUACUUGUUGUCCGCUUGGCUUUGAGUGAGACGCCGCCGAGGCACGCGGGCCACGCGGGGCGGCCCUCGCAGUACGCCGUCGACGUGCCACAGUACAGCUUGGCCCGUUUUCGACGAAACGGUCGCGCGCAGCGUCGAGAACUCGUACUCAUUUUGAGCCAGGCCGUGCCUACGCUCGCCCAACAACUUCUAUUAAGGCGGGCGGGCCGGCCCCGUGCGCCGUCGACGCGCCGUCGGGGCCCU